AUGAAUUCCCACAGCAAUGUUCCCCUGCGGGCCGUGGGAUUCUUUGCAUCAUUACUUUUGGCUCUUUCUUUUUCACCUUGCUGUGCGCAAGAUGCUGAUGCAGAACUGGGGACUCAAGCCACGCUUGAAGAAAUGCCAGAAGGCGCAUCUACCUUGGCUUUUGUGUUUGAUGUGACUGGCUCAAUGUACGAUGACUUAGUUCAGGUGAUCGAGGGAGCAUCCAAAAUUUUGGAGACUUCUUUGAAGAGACCCAAGAGACCGCUUUACAACUUUGCACUGGUUCCUUUCCACGAUCCAGAAAUUGGUCCUGUAACAAUUACCACAGAUCCUAAGAAAUUUCAGUAUGAACUCAGGGAGCUCUAUGUUCAGGGAGGUGGUGACUGUCCAGAGAUGAGCAUUGGAGCAAUCAAAAUUGCUCUAGAGAUUUCUCUUCCUGGCUCAUUCAUCUAUGUGUUUACUGAUGCACGAUCCAAAGACUACAAGCUGACGCAUGAAGUCUUGCAGCUGAUUCAGCAGAAGCAGUCACAGGUGGUAUUUGUUCUAACAGGAGACUGUGAUGAUAGAUCACAUAUUGGUUAUAAAGUCUAUGAAGAAAUUGCAUCAACAAGUUCUGGUCAAGUUUUUCACUUGGAUAAAAAGCAAGUCAAUGAGGUACUGAAGUGGGUAGAAGAAGCAGUGCAAGCUUCCAAAGUUCACCUCUUGUCCACAGACCACCUGACUUCAGCAGUAAAUGCUUGGCAAAUCCCCUUUGAUCCCAGCUUGAAAGAGGUUACAGUGUCAUUGAGUGGUCCUUCUCCAGCAAUUGAAGUCCAUGAUCCUUUAGGCAAGCUUUUAAAGAAAGGAACUGGUUUGAUCGAGUUGCUGAAUAUUGAAAACUCUGCAAAGGUAGUGAACAUAAAAGACCCAGAGCCUGGAAUGUGGACAAUUAAGACAUCAAGUAGUGGGCGACACUCUGUUCGAAUCACCGGUCUCAGUACUAUUGACUUCAGAGCUGGUUUUUCUCGAAAGCCGACACUAGACUUCAAAAUGACUUCCAGCAGACCAGUACAAGGGAUACCUACCUACAUCCUGCUAAAUACUACAGGGAUCCAUCUUCCUGCCAGAGUGGACCGUCUAGAACUGCUCAGCAUCACUGGAGACCUUCUGAAGACACUGCCUGUGAAAUAUUUCCCUGAUAGAAAACCUUAUGGAAUCUGGAAUAUUACCGAAUUUAUUCCACCAAAUGAUGCCUUCUUUCUGAAAAUAACUGGCUAUGACAAAAAUGAUUACCUCUUCCAGAGAGUUUCAAGUGUUUCAUUUUCUAAUAUUAUUCCUGAGGCUCCAAAAGUAAGCAUGCCCAAGAAAACCCCAGGAUAUUAUCUACAGCCAGGUCACAUUCCUUGCAACAUAGCCAGCCUUAUACCUUUUACUAUGCAUUUUAGCAGAAAUGGAAUUAAACUGGGAAUGGAUCAGUUGUUCAAAGAAUCUGCUAAUGUGAACUGGGAGAUUCCCAAGGUGUCUCUGUCGGAUGAGGAUUACUAUGAAUGUAUUGCCAGCAGCAGUGCAGGAACUGGGCAGGCACAGACAUUUUUGGAUGUGUCAGAACCUCCACCUGUCAUACGGGUCGCUAAUAAUGUGACUGUCACUCCUGGUGAUCGAGCCAUAUUGACAUGCUUAACAGUGAGCACGGUGCGUUACAAUCUCACUUGGCACAGAAACCACAGGGAUCUGAAACUUGUGGACCCCCCUAGGAUACGGAUGAUGAGCAAUCUCUCGCUUGAAAUCAAAGUAGUAAAACUCUCGGAUGCUGGCGAGUACAGCUGUGUGGCUUCUAAUGAAGGUGGAUCCACUGUGGCAUCUGUAUUCCUUACAGUGCAAGAACCACCCAAAGUUAUUGCCUCACCCAAGAAUCAGACAUUUACUGAAGGUUCUGAGGUGUCCAUUAGUUGCUCUGCAACUGGCCAUCCAAAGCCGACAAUAGUGUGGACGCACAAUGAUAUGUUUCUCAUGAGUUCCCAAAGGUACAGGUUAACUCCUGAAGGCACCUUAAUUAUUAAAAAUGCUGUCCCCAAAGAUGCAGGACUCUAUGGCUGCUUGGCUAGUAAUGCAGCUGGAACAGCCAAGGAGACAACUAUCCUCACAUAUGUCGAGGUCCCUAAGUUGACUGUAGUCCAAAGUGAACUUUUGAUUGCUCUUGGAGACACCACUAUGAUGGAAUGCAAAACCACUGGAGUCCCACCUCCAUGGAUUAAAUGGUUUAAAGGUGACUUAGAGUUGAGGGCUUCAGAAUUUCUUAUUAUUGACUUUCAUCGUGGCCUUCUGAAGAUUGAGGAAACGCAAGAUUUGGAUGCUGGUGACUAUAUGUGCAUUGCAACCAAUAUUGCAGGAAGCGCAUCUGGCAAAAUCACUCUGGAUGUUGGCUCUCCUCCAGUUUUCACACAAGAGCCUAGUGAUGAAUCUAUGGAUAUUGGCUCAAACGUGACAAUGCCAUGCUAUGUUCAGGGUUACCCAGAACCAAAGGUGAAGUGGCAACGGCUGGAUGGCGCCCCACUUUUUUCAAGACAUUUUGCAAUUAGUUCCAUCAGUCAACUCAGAACAGGCGCCCUUUCUAUUAACAAUUUAUGGGUUACUGAUGAGGGGACCUAUAUCUGUGAAGCUGAAAACCAGUUUGGGAAGAUUGUCUCACGGCCAGCUACGCUUACAGUGACAGGACUUGUUUCACCUCUAAUUGGAAUGAGCCCAGCAGCAGCGAAUGUAAUUGAAGGUCAGCAGCUUACUUUGUCAUGUGUGUUGCUGGCAGGGAACCCUAUCCCAGAGCGAAAGUGGAUUAAAAAUAGUAUGGUGGUGGUCCAAACUCCCUAUAUCAGCGUUCGUAGUGAUGGGAGUCUUCAUCUUGAAAGGGUUCGGCUACAGGAUGCUGGAGACUACACCUGCAUGGCGAACAAUGUGGCAGGGACAAACAACAAAACAACUGCCGUCAGUGUCUUCGUCCUACCCAUAAUUCAGCAUGGACAGCAGAUAUUCAGUACUAUAGAAGGCAUCCCAGUUACGCUACCCUGCAAAGCCAGUGGAGUUCCUAAGCCAUCUAUAGUCUGGUCUAAGAAAGGAGAGGUGAUUUCUCCCAGCAAUCCAAAAUUUUCUGCAGGAUCUGAUGGGAGUCUGCAUUUAGUUUCUCCAGGAGGGGAGGAGUCUGGGGAAUAUAGCUGCACUGCAACAAAUGCAGGAGGCUAUGCAACUCGGAAAGUACAACUGACUGUCUACGUAAAACCAAGGGUGUCCAGACCUGGAGAUCAACAAGGAAUUUCACUGGAGAACCCAGUAGUGAUGUCAGUGAUAGCCGGGGAAGAUGUCACACUUCCCUGUGAAGUCAGAAGUUUGCCACCGCCUAUAGUAACCUGGGCUAAAGAAACGCAGCUUAUCUCUCCCUUUUCUCCAAGACACACCUUCCUCUCUUCAGGUUCAAUGAAGAUCUCUGAGACCCGGGUUUCAGACAGUGGCAUGUAUAUUUGUGUAGCCACAAACAUUGCUGGGAAUGUGACUCAGUCAGUGAAACUUAAUGUAUAUGUUCCUCCAAAGAUCCAACGUGGGCCUCGAGUGAUGAAAGCAAAAGUUGGUUACAGAAUUGAUAUACCUUGCAAUGCCCAAGGAAUUCCACCUCCAAUGAUCACCUGGCUUAAAGAGCAGAAUCACAUUUUGAUAGAUGACAGGCAAUAUGCCAUCUCUCCAGAUGGGGCGCUGAGCAUCAGCAAAGUCCUACUUUCAGACGCUGGAAGUUACAAAUGUGUGGCAAAUAACAUUGCUGGCCGUGAUGAAGCUGAGAUAAUGAUCCAUGUUCAAGAACCUCCUACUGUAGGUGCACUUGACCCACCAUACAACACUCCAUUUCAAGAAAGAGUAGCAAAUCAGCGAAUUGCCUUUCCAUGUCCUGCCAAAGGUACCCCCAAACCUAUUAUAAAAUGGCUACAUAACAACAGGGAGCUAACUGGCAACGAACCUGGUAUUUCAAUCUUGGAAGAUGGCACACUGUUGGUUAUUGCUUCAGUCACGCCAUACAACAACGGAGAAUAUGUCUGCAUUGCAGCCAAUGAAGCUGGAAGCACAGAAAGAACAUAUAAGCUGAAGGUUCAUGUUCCACCUGAAAUCAGAGAUCAGGACAAGGUGACAAAUGCAUCUGUUACGGUUAAUCAGCCUGUAAGUCUGUUUUGUGAGGUAUCUGGCAACCCAUUUCCCAUCAUCACCUGGUAUAAAGAUGAUGUCCAGAUUGUGGAGAGCAGCACUCUGCAGAUUUUGAACAAUGGAAAACUGUUGACGCUUCUUAAAGCAGCUACUGAUAAUGCUGGCCAGUAUUCGUGUAAAGCCACCAAUAUAGCAGGGAGCUCUGAGAAAUUCUUCACUGUAGAUGUGCGAGUCCCACCUACUAUAAAAGGUUCCGAUUCAUCCAGCGAACUUUCAUUCAUCCUCAACCAAGAAGCCACUUUAGAAUGUAGAGUCAGUGGCUCUCCUUUCCCCAUCAUCCAAUGGUUUAAAGAUGGCAAGCCCCUCUUCUUAGGUGAUCCUAAUAUUGAGGUUUGGGACGAAGGACAAAUCCUGCACAUUAAGAGUGCUCGGAGAAUUGACAAAGGGCACUAUCAGUGCAGUGCCACCAAUUCUGCUGGUAAACAGCUCAAGGAGCUCAAAGUCAGCAUCCAUGUCCCACCUGCCAUCAAAGGAGGAAACGUUACCACUGAGGUGUCGACAUUGCUAAACAGCAUAGUCAAGCUGGAGUGUGAGACGAGGGGGAUCCCAGCUCCUACAAUAAUGUGGUAUAAAAAUGGCCGCCCCAUCAUUUCUAGCCCACAAGCCCUUUAUUUGGAAAGGGGGCAAUUCCUUCAGAUUCCUGAUGCCCAAGUCUCCGAUUCUGCUAAGUACAUCUGCCAGGCAACUAAUGUAGCUGGAACAGCUGAAAAAAUAUUCCAAGUGGAUGUCUAUGUUCCUCCGAUUAUUGAGGGUGACUCUGAAACAAUACAGAACAAGCAAGUGGUUGCUGGCAGUUCACUAGUGCUGGAGUGUAAUGCAGCAGGCAACCCACCUCCCCUGCUGACCUGGCUAAAGGACGGAGUUCCUGUGAAAGCAAGUGACAACCUCCACAUUGUGUCUGGUGGGAGGAAGCUGGAGAUCUUGAAUUCUGGAGAGGCUGACCAUGGCCAGUAUGUAUGCGUGGCUACCAGCAUAGCAGGAGAAAAAGAAAUCAAAUAUGAUGUGGAAAUCCUAGUACCACCAAGUGUAGAAGGUGGAAAUGAAUCUUCAGACUAUAUUGUGAUUCUCCACAGUCCCCUGGAGUUGGACUGCCCAGCAAAAGGAACUCCUCUGCCAACAAUCACAUGGUUGAAAAAUGGCCAGCCUGUUGAGGAGGGAGCUGGAUAUAAGAUCUUGCUGGAUGGACGCAAGCUUCUCAUCUCACGGGCUGACGUGUCAGAUACCGGCCAUUAUCAGUGCAUAGCGACAAACAAGGCAGGCGACAACAAAAGGGAAUUCGAUGUGACUGUGCACGUCCCUCCAACGAUCAAAGCAACUGGCCCUCCUGAGAGAUCAGUGGUGAUACACAAACCGGUAACACUACAGUGCAUAGCCAAUGGCACACCCAUCCCUUCCAUCACGUGGUUAAAAGACAGCCGGCCUGUAAACACUGCUAGAGCAAAUAUUAGACUGGAAUCCUCAGGACGCAUUCUGCAGAUUUCUAAGACUCUUAUGGAAGCUGCUGGCAGAUACACCUGUGUAGCAACAAACGCGGCCGGGGAAGCUCAGCAGCACAUCCGGCUGCAUGUAUAUGAGCCACCCAGUCUGAAGGAUCCAGGGAAAAUGAUAAAUGAGACUGUGGUUUUGAACAAUCCAAUACAGCUGGAGUGCAAAGCAUCUGGAAAUCCUUUGCCAGUUAUCACAUGGUACAAAGAUAACCAACCUCUCACCAAUACUGCCGGCAUCACUUUCUUGAACAGAGGGCAAGUUGUACAGAUUGAUGGCGCCCAGAUCUCUGACACCGGCAUUUAUAAAUGCGUUGUGGCGAAUGCAGCGGGAAUAGCUGAGCUGUUCUACAGUCUUCAAGUUCAUGUUCCACCCUCUAUUUCUGGCAACAAUGACAUGGUAACUGUUGUGGUGAAUAAUCCAGUAAGGUUGGAAUGUGAAGCCCGUGGGAUCCCGGUUCCCAUUCUGACCUGGCUGAAAGAUGGCAGCCCUGUUUCUAGCUUUUCAAAUGGACUCCAGAUUCUUUCUGGAGGUCGCAUCCUGGCAUUGACAAGUGCACAGAUCAGCGAUACGGGAAGGUACACGUGUGUUGCAGUAAAUGCAGCAGGGGAGAAACAAAGGGAUAUUGAUCUUAGAGUUCAUGUUCCACCCAACAUCAUGGGAGAGGAGCAGAAUGCCUCUGUGGUCAUGGGAGAAGAUUUAGAACUCGGCUGCCAGAGCAAAGCCAUUCCCCCGCCCAGCCUGCAGUGGCUGAAAGAUGGUCGGCCGCUGCUGAGGAAGCUGGGCCUCAGCAUUACAGAAGAGGGAAGUGUAUUGAAGAUUGAAGGAGCGCAGGCUCAAGACACGGGACGCUACACUUGUGAAGCGACAAAUGUGGCUGGAAAAACAGAAAAGAACUACAAUGUCAAUGUGUGGGUGCCACCAAGUAUUUACAGUUCAGAUAUAAUUACUCAGCUGACUGUAAUUGAAGGAAACCUCAUCAGCAUGAUAUGCGAGUCCAGUGGAAUUCCACCACCAGCCCUCAGCUGGAAAAAGAAUGGUUCUCCAUUACUGGCUGACCCUACAGGUAGGGUCAGGGUGUUAUCUGGAGGAAGGCAGCUGCAAGUUUCUAUUGCUGAAAAAUCAGAUUCAGCUGCCUAUAUGUGUAUGGCUUCAAAUGUAGCUGGAUUAGCAAAGAAGGAAUAUAAUUUGCUGGUAUAUGUUCGUCCAACUAUAUUGGACAGUGGGAGCCAACAAUCGGAUGUAACUGUGACCCGAGGAAAUAAUAUUUCAUUAGAAUGCAAGGCAGACGGUGUUCCACAGCCAGCUGUCACCUGGAUGAAGGAUGGUCGGCCAUUAGUCAAGGGGAGAAGAGUUGAAAUACUGAAUGAAGGACAUCAUCUUCGACUGAAAAACACUCAGGUGUCGGACACUGGCCGUUAUGUGUGCGUUGCUGUGAAUGUGGCGGGACUGUCGGACAGGAAAUAUGACUUAAGCGUUCAUGUCCCUCCAAGUAUUGUGGGUGACCUGGCUGUGCCUGAAAAUAUCAGCGUAGUGGAGAAAAAUCCUGCCACCCUGAUUUGCGAAGCUUCAGGAAUUCCUCAUCCAUCAAUAACAUGGCUGAAGUAUGGGCAGCCUGUUUCUUUGAGUAGCACUAUCAGAAUCCUGUCAGGUGGCAGGAUGUUGCGCUUAAUGCAGGUGAAUGUAGAAGAUGCGGGUCGUUACACCUGUGUGGUGACUAACAUUGCAGGAGAGGAAAGGAAGAGCUUUGACCUUUCAGUUUUAGUUCCACCAGGCAUUGUGGGAGGAAGUGAACAGGAAGAUGUGAAAGUAAAAGAAAAGCAGAGUGUGAUGCUAACAUGUGAAGUGACAGGGAACCCCACUCCAGAAAUUACAUGGUUAAAAGACGGGCAACCUUUCCUACAGGAUGAUGGCCAUCAGUUAACAUCCAAUGGGCGCUUUCUGCAAAUGAUAAAUGCACAAGUAGCAGACACAGGGAGAUAUACAUGCAUUGCAUCCAAUACAGCUGGAGACAAGAGCAAAAGCUUUAGUGUUAAUGUACUUGUGUUUCCAUCCAUUGUGGGGGCAGAUAAUGAUGGGGGUACAGAAGAAGUCACAGUUAUCUUGAAUAACCCCACAUCGCUGAUUUGUGAGGCUUAUUCAUACCCCCCAGCUACUAUCACCUGGCUGAAAGAUGGCGUAGCUAUAGAAUCAAAUAGGAAUAUCAGGAUUUUGCCAGGUGGUCGAACUCUACAGAUUCUGAAUGCUCAGGAGGAUAACACUGGUAGAUAUACUUGCAUAGCUACAAAUGAAGCAGGGGAAACAUUAAAACACUAUGAAGUGAAAGUCUACAUCCCUCCUACCAUCAACAGAGGGGAUCUGGCAGGAGUGGGCUUGUCCCCUAAGGAGGUGAAAAUCAGAGUGAACAACAGCCUGACACUGGAAUGUGAAGCUCACGCGAUCCCUGCUGCUGGCAUCAGCUGGUACAAGGAUGGACAGCCUAUUACAUCAGACGAUCACAUAACAAUCCAAGCCAGUGGACGCAUCCUACAAAUCAAGGCAGCUCAGAUAUCUGACACUGGCCGUUAUAGCUGUGUUGCCACAAAUAUAGCUGGAGAGGAUGAGCUGGAGUUUGAUGUCAACAUCCAAGUUCCUCCUAGUUUCCGAAAACCACCUGGAGGCUGGGAAGAUGGCAACGUGCUGGGUACAGGACUAGGAGGAGAGCCCAAAACUGUGAUCAUGAACAAUCCUCUCUCUUUAUAUUGUGAGACUAAUGCUGUGCCCCCUCCAGUUCUUACCUGGUAUAAGGACGGUUAUUCCCUGAGUUCCAGUGAUAAAGUAUUGAUAUUACCAGGAGGUCGGGUGUUGCAAAUUCCACGGGCUCAGAGUGAAGAUGCUGGGAGGUACACGUGUGUUGCCGUAAACGAGGCAGGGGAAGAUUCCAUCCAUUACGACGUCCGCGUGCUUUUGCCACCAUCCAUUCCUGGAACCAAUGGAGACAUCCCCGAAGAGGUGACUGUGAUGAUGAGCAAGAUGGCCGUGAUGGAAUGUAUGGCAAAUGGCAACCCUACUCCAACUGUUACCUGGCAGAAAGAUGGGCAGCUCUUAGUUGAAGAUUCCCAACACAAAUUCUUAGCCAGUGGAAGAACCCUUCAGAUCCUGAAUUCCCAACUAAUAGAUACAGGAAGAUAUGUCUGUGUUGUGGAGAACAUUGCUGGAAGUGCCAAAAAAUAUUUCAAUCUUAACGUCCAUGUUCCUCCAAGUAUUGUUGGAAUUAAUCCGGAGAAAUUGACUGUUGUGGUGAAUAACUUCAUCUCCUUGACCUGCGAGGUCACCGGGUUUCCACCGCCUGAUCUCAGUUGGCUCAAGAAUGGAAAACCUCUCAGCUUGAACACAAAUGCACUUAUUGUACCUGGUGGUCGCACACUGCAGAUUCCCAGGGCACGUCUGUCUGAUGGUGGAGAAUACGUUUGCAUAGCCAGAAACAGUGCUGGGGAAAGCAGGAGAAGGAGUUUCCUGACUGUUUUUGUUCCUCCUAGCAUUAAAGACCACAGUGGCACAGCUCUUGCCGUAGUAAACGUGAGAGUGGGCAUGCCGGUGACGUUAGAGUGUGAAUCCAAUGCUGUUCCUCCUCCUGUCAUCACCUGGUACAAAGACGGGCACAUGAUCACAGCGUCAUCUAAUGUCGAAAUCUUAACAGACGGACAAAUGCUUCAUAUCAAGGCUGUGGAGGUAUCUGAUACAGGCCACUAUGUAUGUAAAGCCAUAAAUAUUGCAGGACGAGAUGACAAAAAUUUCCAUCUUAAUAUUCAUGUACCACCCAGCAUUGAAGGCCCUGAGCAAGAGUGGAUCAAUGAAACCAUCAGUAACCCUGUAACCUUUACAUGUGACGCUACUGGAAUUCCUCCACCAGCAAUAACAUGGCUUAAGAAUGGGAAGCCACUCGAAAACUCUGCCUCCCUUGAAAUGCGUAUUUUGUCAGGAGGAAGCAAGCUUCAAAUCACCAGAUCUCAGUAUUCAGAUAACGGGAACUAUUCCUGCAUUGCCUCAAAUGUAGAAGGCAAAACUCAGAAAUUGUAUCUCCUUUCUGUUCAAGUACCUCCAGAUAUUCCUGGAUCUGAAAUGCCAAGUGAAGUCAGCGUCAUCCUUGGGGGAAACAUCCAGCUUUCCUGUAAAGCCAAUGGAAUCCCCGCACCAGUCAUCCAGUGGCUGAAAGAUGGAAAACCAAUCAGUGGUGAUGAAUCUCAGCGGAUAAGCCUGGCUCCAGAUGGCAGCUCGCUCAACAUUUCUGGAGCCCUUACGAGUGACGUAGGAAAAUAUACUUGCGUUGCUACCAACUCUGCAGGGGAAGAAGACCGAAUUUUCAAUGUGAAUGUCUAUGUCCCGCCAACUAUAACAAACAAUAAGGAUGAACCUGAAGCCCUAACAGUCUUACUGGACACUUCGAUAAACAUUGAAUGCCAAGCUGUGGGCACUCCACCGCCGCAGAUAAAUUGGCUGAAGAAUGGGCUCCCCAUUUCUAUCUCCUCACACCUCAGGUUGCUGUCAGCUGGACAGGUUCUCAGAAUUGUAAGAGCACAGGUAGCUGAUGUUGGCAUGUACACCUGUGUAGCCUCCAACAGAGCUGGUGUGGACAACAAGCAUCAUAGCCUUCAGGUGUAUGUUCCACCCAGCAUAGACAACGGCGGAGGAACAGAAGAAAUAACUGUUGUAAAAGGAAAUCCAGUCUCUUUGGUGUGUUUGGCUGAUGGAACGCCAACACCGAAUAUGUCAUGGCUUAAAGAUGGCCAACCUUUAGACAGUGGCUUCCAUGUGUCAUUGGACAACCAAGGAAUGGGUCUUCAUAUAGCAAAGUCAGAGGCUGAUGACACAGGUAGAUACACCUGUAUAGCAUCUAACAAAGCUGGAGAAGUCAACAAGCACUUUACUCUUAAAGUGCUAGAACCCCCUCGUAUUAAUGGAUCAGAGCAACCUGAAGAAAUCUCAAUAGUGGUUAACAACCCACUAGAGCUCUUCUGUAUUUCUGAUGGCAUUCCAACCCCCCAAAUCACAUGGAUGAAGGAUGGGCGUCCACUGCCCCAAACUGACGAUAUUCACAUCAUGAGAGGAGGAGAGGUUCUUCGAAUAUCCAAUGCUCAAGUAGAAGACACUGGAAGAUACACAUGUUUGGCUUCUAGCCCUGCAGGAGAUGAUGACAAAGAAUUUUUAGUGAGAGUACACGUCCCUCCUAAUAUUGCUGGUACAAGUGAUCCUCAGAAUCUCAGUGUCCUGCAGAAUAGGCAGAUAAUACUGGAAUGCAACUCAGAUGCAGUCCCUCCCCCUACAAUCACAUGGCUCAAGGAUGGAGAGAUUUUGCAGGCGACUCCCCGAGUUCGCAUCUUAUCCAGUGGGAGAUACCUGCAAAUCAAUAAUGCUGACCAAAGCGAUGCAGCAAACUACACCUGUGUGGCAAGUAAUAUUGCAGGCCAAACCAAAAGAGAGUUUGCAUUGGCUGUAAAUGUUGCUCCUACAAUCAAAGAUGGCCCACAGAUGGUGACAGUGAAUAUGAAUAUGUCUGCUGUCUUGGAGUGUAUUGCGGAAGGUAUUCCAGCCCCAAGAGUUUCAUGGAGAAAGGAUGGAACCCUUUUCGCUGGGAAUAAUGCCAGAUAUUUAGUAUCAGACAAAGGAUCCCUUCAUAUAUAUGCAGCACAAGUUACUGACACUGGGCGCUAUCUUUGCAUGGCAACCAACGUUGCUGGCACUGAGCGCAAGCGGACUGAUUUCCACGUCCAUGUUCCUCCCUCUGUUGCUCCUGGGCCUAUCAACAUUACAGUAACUGUGAAUGUCCAAACCACCUUGCCAUGUGAAACCUCAGGGAUUCCUAAACCAACAAUAACCUGGAAGAGGAAUGGGCAGCUCCUUAAUGUUGAUCAGAAUCAGAACACAUUCAGACUUCUGUCUUCAGGGUCACUAGUAAUAAUUUCUCCCACUGUAGAUGACACUGCACUCUAUGAAUGUAUGGUAUCAAAUGAGGCAGGCGAGGACCGAAGAACAAUUUCUCUCAUUGUACAAGUGCCACCAUCCUUAGCAGAUGAAGUUGCAGAUCUAUUGGUAACCAAGUUGUCUCCAGUCGUGAUCCCCUGCACUGCAUCAGGCGUUCCUUUGCCCACCAUCCACUGGAUGAAGAAUGGAAUAAGACUUCUUCCUCGAGGAGAUGGCUACAGAAUUCUAUCUUCAGGUGCUAUUGAAAUAACUGCUGCUCAACUGGACCAUGCAGGAAGGUACACCUGCACAGCACAGAAUGCAGCUGGCUCUGCCCAUCGACACAUUACUCUUCAUGUUCAGGAACCACCAACUAUUCGAGUCCAACCUGGAACACUUGAAGUUAUUCUCAACAACCCAAUUCUCUUACCAUGUGAAGCAGUAGGCAUACCUCAUCCUGUAAUAACAUGGCAGAAGGAAGGGGUCAGUGUUAUCACAACAGGGAACAGUUUUACCAUUCUUCCCAGUGGCAGUUUGCAGAUUGCAAAAGCUGCUUCUGAAGAUGCUGGAAUUUACAUGUGUGUUGCUCAGAAUCCCGCAGGCACUGCCGUUGGAAAGAUCAAGCUAAAAAUUCAAGUUCCUCCAGCUAUCAAAUCUCAUCUUGAAGAAUAUGUGGUGGUUGUGGAUAAGCCUGUCACACUGCUGUGUGAAGCAGAUGGCUACCCAGCUCCUGAGAUUGGAUGGCAUAAAGAUGGACAGAAGGUCCCAGAAUCCAUGAGGCAACGAAUUCUCAGCACAGGGGCUUUGCAGAUUGCAUUUUCUCAGCCUGGUGACACUGGGCGUUACACAUGCACUGCUACAAACGUGGCUGGAUCAAGCAGCUCCAAUAUGGAACUCACUGUGCUUGUCCCACCUAAGAUACACCGUACAGAGAACCACUACACCGUUGUUGAACAUUCACAAAUUGUUAUGCCAUGUGUUGCUGAUGGGAUGCCUGCACCAUCCAUGAACUGGAAGAAAAAUGGCAUUCUUUUAACGAGCAUGAUGGGGAAACGCACAACUGUGCCACAUGGAAAUCUCAUUGUGGACAAUGCUGUGCCUGAAGAUUCUGGCAGCUACACCUGUAUUGCCAGCAAUGUUGCUGGUGAAGAUGCCCACACUGUCAACUUGACAGUCCAUGUGCUCCCCACCUUUACUGAGCUCCCAGGAGAUGUGGCUUUAAACAAAGGAGAACGGCUUCAAUUAACUUGUAAAGCAACUGGAGUUCCCAUACCCAAAAUCAUAUGGACUUUUAACAAUAAUAUUAUCCCAGCACAAUAUGAUGAUGUGAAUGGACUUAGUGAACUUGUUAUCGAAAGAGUGUCUAAAGAGGAUUCAGGUACCUAUGUGUGUACAGCAGAAAACCUGGUUGGUUCUAUCAAGGCUCUUGGAUUUGUGUAUGUUAAAGAACCUCCGGUCUACAUGGGAGAUUAUCAUUCCAGUAGGAUUGAGCCCCUGGGUGGCAAUGCUAUUCUCAACUGUGAAGUUAGAGGAGACCCGCCUCCAACUAUCCAGUGGAGCAAAAAAGGCGUUGGCAUUGAGAUCAGCAACCGAAUUAGACAACUUGGCAAUGGAUCCCUUGCCAUCUAUGGCACAGUAAAUGAAGAUGCUGCUGAAUAUACAUGUGUAGCUACAAAUGAUGCUGGUGUGGUUGAACAUCAUGUCACCCUAACAUUACACAGUGCACCUGUUAUUACAAUUGAACCAAUAGAGACUAUUGUGGAUGCUGGAACCACAGCAGUGCUGAACUGCCAAGCAGAAGGAGAACCUCCUCCAACUAUUGAAUGGUCUCGCCAAGGCUGGCCUCUUUUUAACGAGGAUCGCAUGACCGUUUUGACGAAUGGCUCCUUGCAUAUUGCAGUCGCACAUAAAGAGGAUACUUCUGAAUACGAAUGUGUAGCUAGGAACCUCAUGGGUUCUGUACUUGUCAAAGUGCCCUUCAUUGUCCAAGUGCAUGGUGGCUUUUCUGAAUGGCUUGACUGGCAGCCAUGUAGCCUAACAUGUGGCCAAGGUGUUCAAAAGAGGAUUCGUCUGUGUAACAAUCCUCUCCCUGCAAAUGGCGGGCGGCGCUGCACCGAGCCUGAUUAUGAAAGACGCAGCUGUCAGAACAAACUAUGUCCAGUGGAUGGCAGCUGGUCGGAAUGGGGUUCUUGGGAAGAAUGCUCUAAAACCUGUGGGCAAGGCAAUAAGACAAGAACCAGAACAUGUAGCCACCCUCCAGCUCAACAUGGCGGAAAGCCCUGUGAUGGCAAUGCUGUGGAGUCAACCAUAUGCAACGAUAGGCCGUGUCCAGUUAAUGGUGCCUGGGGCUCUUGGCUACCAUGGGGACCUUGCAGUGAAACAUGCGGCAAAGGUACUCACACCAGAUUAAGGCUAUGCAAUAACCCCCCUCCUUCAUUUGAUGGCUCUUACUGUGACGGGGCUGAUAAGCAGAUGCAGGUUUGCAGUGAGAGAGACUGCCCAGUCAAUGGAAAGUGGUCUUCUUGGUCCAGCUGGAGUGUCUGUACUAUGUCCUGUGGAGGUGGCACCCGGCAGAGAACAAGAGAUUGCUCAGACCCACCACCACAAUAUGGCGGACACACAUGCGAAGGGAGUGAUGUGCAGGUUGACUUUUGUAAUAACGACCCUUGCCCCAUGCACGGUAAUUGGGGCCCUUGGAGCCACUGGGGAACUUGCAGCCGAACAUGUAAUGGUGGCCAGAUGAGGAGGUACCGGACUUGCGACAACCCUCGUCCACUCAAUGGAGGAAGGGCCUGUGCCGGGGCUGAUACACAAAUACAGAGGUGUCGUGCAGAGCUAUGUCCUGAGCAUGGAAACUGGGGGACAUGGCUGCCUUGGAGCACAUGCUCUGCUUCUUGUGGAGGAGGGGAGCAGACCCGGACGCGGCUGUGCAAUCAUCCAGCCCCAUCCAACAAUGGACGUCCUUGUCCUGGAGACAAGUCCCAGAUAUCCAGGUGUAACUAUCAAGCUUGUCCAGGUGGGCCUCCACGAACUAGAGGAAGUGUCAUUGGCAAUAUUAACAACAUUGAGUUUGGAAUAGCUUUUCUGAAUGCCACCGUAAUAGAAAGUCCAGAUCUGGACACUAGAAGGAUACAAGCCAAAAUUACAAAUAUCCCUCGGACUCUUGGUCCAGCAAUGAGAGCACUGGUUUCUAUUCUGAGUCCCAUUUAUUGGACAACAGCCAAGGAAAUUGGAGAAGCUAUGAAUGGUUUUUCACUCACUGAUGCAGUUUUCAAGAGAGAGACACAAGUGGAAUUUGCUACUGGGGAGAUCUUACGAAUGACACACGUUGCCCGUGGCUUGGACUCAGAUGGUUCUUUACUCUUGGAUGUUGUCAUCAGUGGUCACAUACUACAGCUACAGUCAUCAACUGAUGUUAAUGUAAAGGAUUAUACAGAAGAUUACAUUCAGACAGGCCCUGGUCAGCUCUAUGCUUACUCUACACGACUCUUCACCAUAGAUGGAGUUAGCAUGCCGUAUACUUGGAACCAUACCAUUACCUACGAUCAAAAGCAAGGAUCAAUGCCCUUUCUGGUUGAAACACUACAAGCCUCUUCUGUUGAAACAGAAUACAACCCACUCGAAGAAGCUCUAACUUUUAAAAUCCGUGCUUCCAUUACAAAAGGAGACCAAAGCAACCAAUGUCCUAAUGGGUUUGGUUUAGAUUCUUCUGGGUCCUACUGCUUGGAUGAAGAUGAGUGUACAGCUCGAAAUCCAUGCUCCCAUGUAUGCCACAAUGCUAUAGGUGCCUAUUACUGCUCAUGUCCUAAAGGCCUUACCAUAUCAGCAGAUGGAAGAGCAUGUCAAGAUAUUGAUGAGUGUGCCUUAGGGAGGCAUUCGUGCCACACUGGCCAAGACUGUGAGAACAUGAUCAGUUCUUAUCGUUGUGUGGUUCGCUGUGGGAUUGGCUUCAGAAGAACCUCAGAUGGACUGAGUUGUCAAGAUGUUAAUGAAUGCCAAGAGUCUAACCCUUGUCAUCAACGCUGCUUCAAUACCAUUGGAAGCUUCCACUGUGGAUGUGAUCCAGGAUAUCAGCUAAAAGGCAGGAAAUGCAUGGAUGUGAAUGAAUGUAGGCAAAAUGUAUGCAGACUUGAUCAGCUAUGCAAGAAUAUGCGAGGUGGCUAUAAAUGCAUUGAUCUGUGUCCAAAUGGAAUGACCAAAGCAGAAAAUGGAACAUGUAUAGAUAUUGAUGAAUGCAGAGAUGGUACCCAUCAGUGCCGAUACAACCAGAUUUGUGAAAACUCACGAGGAAGCUACCGGUGUGUAUGCCCAAGAGGGUACCGAUCCCAGGGAGUUGGAAGACCCUGUAUGGACAUUAAUGAAUGUGAACAAGUGCCUAAACCUUGUGCAUAUCAAUGCAUGAACAGCCCUGGCAGCUUCAAGUGUAUCUGUCCUCCUGGACAACAGAUAUUAGGCGAUGGCAAAUCUUGUGCCGGACUGGAGAGGUUGCCAGAUUAUGGCACCUACUACAAUACCUAUAACUAUGCUCAGUUCUCCCCCAUGAGAGACUACUAUCGACCUCAGCAAUAUAUCAGGGAAUCCUCCAGUCUCUACAGCUCCUACACAGAGUAUAGCAACAGCAGAGUUCCCAUCUCCAGGACUAAAAGGAAUGUUAGAGAGACUUGCCCUGAAGGCUAUGAGGCAAGAAAUAACAAAUGUAUAGAUAUUGAUGAAUGUGAGAACAGAGAUGCUUGUCAGCAUGAGUGCAGAAACACCUUGGGAAGUUACCAGUGUUUCUGCCCAACUGGUUACCGGGUAAUGCCCAAUGGCAAAGCAUGCCAAGAUAGAGACGAAUGCUUUGAACAGAACAUCCACUGUGGACCAAACCACAUGUGCUUUAACAUGAGAGGGAGCUAUAAGUGCAUAGAUACACCUUGUCCUCCAGAUUAUCAACGAGAUCCUCUUUCUGGGUUCUGCCUCAAGAACUGCCCACCUAAUGAUCUGGAGUGCGCCUUGAGUCCCUAUGCCUUGGAAUACAAAUUUGUAUCCCUUCCAUUUGGGAUUGCUGCCAAUCAGGAUUUGAUCCGACUAGUUGCCUACACUGAAGACGGAGUGAUGCAUCCAAGGACAAGUUUCCUCAUGGUAAACGAGGAAGUGACGAUCCCUUUUGCACUCAGAGACGAGAACUUGAAAGGAGUGGUGUACACAACCAGGCCUCUGCGAGAGCCAGAUACGUACAGAAUGAGAGUCAGGGCUCUGUCUUAUAGCGUCGAUGGAGCCAUUGAAUAUCAGACAACCUUCAUAGUCUAUAUAGCUGUGUCUGCCUAUCCAUACUAGGAAAAGCACUGCUGACAGUAAUCAAAGUAUGUUAACCAAAUGCAUACAAGUGCCGCUGGGUAUCACCACUUCCAGAAUGAAUGCUGCCUCAUCUUAAAACAGUUGCAGACCUUGCAACUUGGGGGGGAAAUAUGGUGCUAUGUUCUAUACUUGUUUUGUCCCUCUGGCUGUCAAUCUGUUAAAAUAAUUCCAUCUUGACAAAGAAUUACCAUAACCCUUGAUUCAUCGGAAUCUUAACCACUUGCUUUAUUUAUUACACUGGAGCAGUCACUUUCCAAAGAUUGUUCUGCUGACUCUUUGUAACUAGUUAGAAAUACUAGUUAGGUGGUAAUUUAGUGAUUAAAAGUGGAAGGCAUUUUGUUCCCCCCCCCCGAAAUGAAAACAAAGCAAAGUAUAUUUCUCACAAAAUUGC